GAUGAUAACAAUGAUAUAUUGAUGAUGUAUUGAUAAUAGAGGUCCUUAUGGUGGUGACUAUACAAAGUUAGCUUUGGAUGUUUACUAUGAAACACAAAAUAGAGUUCACAUUAAAAUUACUGAUUUGGCAAAACAAAGAUGGCAAGUUCCAAGUUGGAUUAUUAAAUCAAAGACUCCUGCUAAUGAACCUGCUGAUAAAGAUUAUUUGGUCAAUUUGAAAACAUCUCCAUUUGGACUUGAAAUUUAUAGAAAAUCAACAAUGGAAUGUAUUUUCAAUACUACAAAUAUUCCACUCAUUUUUGAAGAUCAAUUCAUUUCAUUUGGUACAAGUUUUGAUAAAACUCAAAAAUCCAAAGAUCAAGGACAAGUUAAUAUUUAUGGAUUUGGUGAAAGAGCUAGACCAUUGAGAUAUACACCUGGUACUUAUACAAUGUGGAAUUUAGAUAAUUUGAAUACUCCAAAUGAAAAUUUAUAUGGUACUCAUCCAUUCUAUAUGCAAUAUUAUUCUAAUAGUGGUCGUGCUCAUGGUGCAUUCUUAUUUAAUUCCAAUGCAAUGGAUGUUACAAUUACAGAUGAUAAUUUAAUUUGGAAGACAAUUGGUGGUGUUAUUGAUUUGUACGUUUUCACUGGUCCAACUCCAGAAGAUGUUACUAAACAAUAUCACGAAUUAAUUGGCACUCCAUAUAUGCCACCUUUCUGGACAUUGGGAUGGCAUCAAUGUAGAUAUGGUUACAAGAGUAUUGAUGAAGUUAAAACUGUUUAUACUAAAUAUACUCAAUAUGGUAUUCCAUUAGAUACUAUGUGGAAUGAUAUUGAUUAUAUGGAUGGUUAUAGAGAUUUUACAACUGAUCCAAUUAGAUAUCCAAAAGCUGAAGUUCGUCAAUUUGUUGAAAACUUAAAGGCAAAGAAUCAACAUUACGUUGUCAUUAUUGAUCCAGGUAUUAAAUUUGAACAAGGUUACAAACCAUAUGAUAUUGGUAAACAAUUGAACGUUUUCAUUAAGAAGAGUGAUGGUGUUACUGAUAUUGUUAACACUGUUUGGCCAGGUUAUUGUGUUUUCCCUGAUUUUACUAAUCCAAAGGCUAUUCCAUAUUGGGAAAAUUUGGUUGCUCAAUUCUAUUCUGAAAUUCCAGUUUCUGGUUUAUGGUUAGAUAUGAAUGAAGUCAGUUGUUUCUGUAAUGGUACUUGUACUCCAACAAAGAAAUACCAAAAAGUCAAUAACAAAUUUGAUCCAAAUAAUCCACCAUAUGUUCCAGGAGGUAGACAACUCGAUAUGAAGACACUUUCAAUGGAUGCUGUUCAACAUAUUUCCAUUAAUUAUAACACUCACAGUUUGUAUGGUCUCUAUGAAGUUAAUGCAACUGUUUCUGUUCUUCAAAAAGUUACUGGUAAUAAGAGACCAUUCAUUUUAACUAGAAGUAGUUAUCCUGGUUUGGGUGCUAUUUCUGCUAAAUGGUUAGGUGAUAAUGAAGCCACUUGGGAAUCAAUGAGAAACAGUAUUAGUGGUAUGUUAGCUAUGCAAAUGUAUGGUGUUGCAUUGAUUGGAGCUGAUAUUUGUGGUUUCAUUGGUAAUACUACUUAUGAAUUGUGUGCCAGAUGGACUCAAAUGGGUUCUUAUUAUCCAUUCACUAGAAAUCACAAUGAUAUUAAGGCCAACGAUCAAGAACCAUACGUUUUUGGUCAAGAAUUUGUUGAUAUGACUAAGAGAGUUCUUGCUAAUCGUUAUUCAUUGUUGAAUUUCUAUUAUACUCAAUUCUAUGAUGUUCAUGUUAAUGGAGGUGGUGUUGUUCAACCAUUGUUCUAUGUUUUCGGUCAUGCUGAUUCAAAUCCAUUAUUGGCAACUAUUGAUACUCAAUUUAUGGUUGGUAAAUCAUUAAUGAUUAUUCCAGUAUUAGAAGCAGGUGUUAAGAGUGUUAAGGGAUACAUUCCAAAGCAUAAGCCAGGUUGGUUUGAUUAUUUCAGUGGUGAAUUGAUUUCUGCUACUGGAGGUGAAACAAUGGAAUUUGAUGCUCCAUUGCUUGGUUAUACUCCAACUUUGAUUGCUGCUGCCAAGAUUGUUCAAAAGCAAAUUCCAUCAUUAACUACUUUUGAUACCAGAAGAAAUCCAUUCCAACUUACAAUUGCUUUAUGUCAACAUGAAUUCCAUGCUAAUGGUCAAAUUUAUUUAGAUGACGGUGAAACUGCUGAAACUAUUGAAAGAGGAGUUUAUUCAUUGGUUGAUAUUCAAGCUAAACGUAUUUCACAAAAUGUUCUUACUCUCGUUACUAAGGUUGUUAAGGAUGAAUAUCAAACUAAUAUUCCAAAAUUGGAUCAAGUUACAUUCUACGGUUAUCCAUUAACUAGUGAAGUUUGUACUGUUACUGUUAAUGGUAAUGCAUACCAUAGAAUAACAAUUGAAGCAAAGAAGAGAAUUGUUACAAUGCGUGGUCUUGGAUUACAUUUACUUGAAUCUAAUUUAAUUGUCAUUACAUGUCAAUAAUUAGCUCAAAAUUAAUUUAUUAAUAAAACAACAUUCUGAAAUGUUC